CAAAGAGCCUGGGCUGCGUUCACUUCUUCUCAAACCCUCAAAUCCAAACGUGAGAAACGACUGUGUUCGUCUGAAGAACCAUGACCCAGAGUAACGGGGACAGCGCUCAGAGGGGGCGGGCCGGGCUGCACCAGGUGCGAGCCCGGAUGGCGGCGCGGGGGGAGCGGGCGCGACAGAGGGUCCAGAGCAUCACCAGAAACGACGUCAAAGGAUGCUUCAUCAAGAACGCCUUCGUCAUCUUCACCGUGGCCGCCGUCGUCAUCGGUAUAAUCUUGGGCUUUGCGAUGCGUCAGUGCCACUUGUCCUACAGAGAGAUCAAGUUCUUCUCUUUCCCCGGAGAGCUGCUCAUGAGGAUGCUGCAGAUGCUGGUGCUGCCCCUGCUGGUCUCCAGCCUCAUUACAGGUAUGGCCGCUCUGGACAGCCGCGCGUCGGGGAAAAUGGGGUUGAGGGCGGUGGUCUACUACACCUCCACCACCGUCAUCGCGGUCUUCAUCGGGAUCGUGAUGGUGCUGAUCAUUCACCCCGGAAAAGGAUCCAAAGACGAGUUCACCCAACAGCAGAAGGUGGAGCAGGUGAGCCCGGCCGACGCCUUCCUCGACCUCAUCAGAAACAUGUUUCCUCCAAAUAUUGUUGAAGCUUGCACCAAACAGUACAAGACGCAGUACGCGAGGCGAGUGAUCCAGGUGCAGGUGACUUCUACAAACUUCACCGUGGUCACUCUGAACGGGAGUCAGCUGAUCACCCGAGAGGAGAUGAUCCCCGUCCCCGGGUCGGUGAACGGGAUCAACGCGUUGGGACUGGUGGUGUUUUCCAUGUGCUUCGGUCUGAUCAUCGGGAGCAUGAGGGAGCAGGGACAGCCGCUCAGGGACUUCUUCGACUGUCUGAAUGAGGCCAUCAUGAGGCUGGUCAGCAUCAUUAUGUGGUACGCUCCGGUGGGGAUCCUGUUCCUCAUUGCCGGUAAGAUCAUGGAGAUGGACGACAUCACGGCCAUGGGCGGUCAGCUGGGCAUGUACACGGUGACGGUGAUCUGCGGCCUCCUGGUGCACGCCAUCUUGGUACUGCCCACGCUCUACUUUGUGGUCACCAGGAAAAACCCGUUCGUCUUCAUCGGGGGGCUGCUGCAGGCGCUCAUCACGGCUCUGGGGACGUCUUCGAGUUCUGCCACUUUGCCCAUUACCUUCAAAUGUCUGGAGGAAAACAACAAAGUGGACAAGCGAGUGACGCGUUUCGUGCUUCCCGUCGGCGCCACCAUAAACAUGGACGGCACGGCGCUGUACGAAGCUCUGGCGGCCAUUUUUAUCGCCCAGGUCAACAAUUAUGACCUGAACUUUGGACAGAUUCUCACCAUCAGCAUCACGGCGACGGCAGCUAGCAUCGGCGCGGCGGGCAUCCCUCAGGCCGGUCUGGUCACCAUGGUGAUCGUGCUAACAUCUGUCGGCCUGCCCACGGAUGACAUCACACUCAUCAUCGCGGUCGAUUGGUUCCUCGACCGACUGCGCACAACCACGAACGUCCUGGGAGACUCCAUCGGAGCCGGGAUAGUGGAACAUUUGUCUCGUCAUGAACUGCAAAAGAAGGACCCAGAAGUUGGAAAUUCUGUGAUGGAAGAAACGGAGAAGAAACCGUACCAACUCAUCAGCCAAGAAAAUGACUUUGAGAACAAGAGAAUUCCAAACAGUGAGACCAAGAUGUAGAAGAAAGACGUUGUCGUAGGAGUCGCACUGCGAGGAGCCGCGGUCUCAGUGGGUUGCGUUCACGUAGAAUUGGAGGAUGUCUUUAUUUCAGAUGGAGAAGCUGAUGGAACUCUAUGGGAGAUUCUGUGGUUUUUGGAAGAAACAUCUUAACAUGAUUUGGUUGAGAUUGGCUCCACAAACGUCGUAUCGAUCUGAAAGUUUUAAAAGUCCAGUAUCACACAAAACUGACUCUUUAACUUUAAUCCAUGUUCUAACGCUGUUUCCUCCUCAAAAACAGACCUGGAGUUGGGUUUUGUUUCAUUCACACAUGUUUGAGUCAGACUUGAUUAUUAGUCUGUCACAUCUACAAAGCUCAAAACGCUCUGUUCCACCUUGUGAUGUCAUCAAGUGGUAGUUUUCAAGUUCACAGCUCCUUUUACCUUUAGUUCAGUAGAAGAUUAGUGCAACUCCAGGACUGAAAUGAUCCAAAUGUUUUUAUAAAUGGUGUGUGGAGUUUAAAAACACAGUGGAGCACUUCCUGUAUCACCACAUGAUGACAUCACAAGGUGGAACAGAGUGUUUACAGUUUGAGAGAAAAACUCAGCCUAAAUCUGCAGAGUUUGUGUGUUAAACAUGUGAGAAUGAAACAAAACACAACUCCAGGUCUGUGUGUGAAUAGUGUGAUAUGGGCCUUUAAACAGUGUGAUAUGGGCCUUUAAACAGUGUGAUAUGGGCCCUUUAAACAGUGUAAUAUGGGCCUUUAAACAGUGUAAUAUGGGCCUUUAAACAGUGUAAUUUGGGCCUUUAAACAGUGUGAUAUGGGCCCUUUAAACAGUGUGAUAUGGGCCCUUUAAACAAUGAAAUUUGGCCCUUUAAACAGUGUAAUAUGGGCCCUUUAAACAGUGUGAUAUGGGCCCUUUAAACAGUGUAAUAUGGGCCCUUUAAACAGUGAAAUUUGGGCCCUUUAAACAGUAAUAUGGGCCUUUAAACAAUGAAAUUUGGGCCUUUAAACAGUGAAAUUUGGGCCUUUAAACAGUGUAAUAUGGGCCUUUAAACAGUGUAAUAUGGGCCUUUAAACAGUGUAAUAUGGGCCCUUUACAUCUUUGGUCAAUGGAAUAAUUUUUGAAGCUAUUUUGGAAAAAUAACACGACUUAAAGCUGACAGAGAAGGUGUUAAACUUUGGGCCAGUUUUUGUUUCAUGUGGGUCGGUCCAGUAAUUACAGAGAUAUGAACAUGCACCAGGUCAAAGGUCAAAGAUCAUCUGCACCUGACAGUUACACAGAAAACUCCACCUGAAAGUUCUGACCUGUCUCCAGCCGCUUUAAACGAGAGGGAUUGGAGAAUGAGACCUGAGCGCAACCUACUGGGGUAAAAGUGCUCCUUCCACUAAAAGGUAACGUUCACAGACGUAGUGUUAGCUAGCGGGGUAAAAGUGCUCUCUAAAAGGUAACGUUCACAGACAUAGUGCUAGCUAGCGGGGUAAAAGUGCUCUCUAAAAGGUAACGUUCACAGACGUAGUGCUAGCUAGCGGGGUAAAAGUGCUCUCUAAAAGGUAACGUUCACAGACUUAGUGCUAGCUAGCGGGGUAAAAGUGCUCUCUAAAAGGUAACGUUCACAGACGUAGUGCUAGCUAGCGGGGUAAAAGUGCUCUCUAAAAGGUAACGUUCACAGACGUAGUGCUAGCUAGCGGGGUAAAAGUGCUCUCUAAAAGGUAACGUUCACAGACAUAGUGCUAGCUAGCGGGGUAAAAGUGCUCUCUAAAAGGUAACGUUCACAGACUUAGUGCUAGCUAGCGGGGUAAAAGUGCUCUCUAAAAGGUAACGUUCACAGACGGAGUGCUAGCUAGCGGGGUAAAAGUGCUCUCUAAAAGGUAACGUUCACAGACUUAGUGCUAGCUAGCGGGGUAAAAGUGUGCACUAAACGGUAACGAUCACUAUGACCCUGGUUCUGGAGGAUCUUCACUUUAAGGUAGAACAUUUUGUGAGGAGGUUUGUUAUGUUCUUUCAAAUGUUUCACUGGUGCAUUGUUUUUCAGUGUUUUUUUUUGUAUUGAUACUGAUCACAAUGUGAUGCCGAGGUAAUAUCAGCAGACAAGUCAGAAAGAGGGCGUGUUUUCGAGGCGUUUGUUUCAGCAAUACAUCGAACAUUGGUGCAGCUUUAAAUUGAGCUUCGGAAUGCGUUUUAUUAAUGUGAAAAUCCAAAACACUCAACAAAAUGUCUGCGUUACUAAACUAGAGGGAAAAAUAUAUCAGCUACACUUCACAAGGCACAUCCAUGGACAGAACGCACUAUACGGAAAAUCAAAAUAGAAAUUUGAAUUGAACAAUUUUAUUUGGCAUAAAAUCUGCUACGUCUGUAGUUUCAGUAUUUCAAUAUUUUUGUAAAUUUUCCCAGAAGCUUUUAAAAAUGUGAACUUUGAACAGAAUUCUGAUAUUUGAACAUGUUUUAUUACUAAAAAUACAGAUAUCAUGCAAACAAUACUCAAGUAAAAGUAAAAAUAUCUUGUGAAAAAUCUACUUAAGUAUUAAAGCAUCUGUUUAAAAAAAGUACUUCAAGAGUAAAAAGUCUAAAUAUUUCACAAAGAUUUUGGGUCUAAUAAAGCUUCAAAUGUGGUGAUUUUGAUAAAGAUUUUAGCUUAAUUUUGUUCAACAGAAACAGUUUAAUUAAUAUUUUCUUUUUUCUAUCUGUUUUUAUUUGUAUAUUUUUAUUUGUUCGAAUUCUGAACGUGUUACAAAUAAACCCUCAGCCUUUUCAGCAGGUCUUACACAAUAAGAAAAAUACUUUUACUUUUCAGUCCUGUUCAAAAAUGUAGUGGAGUAGAAAGUGCAGAUACUCCUCUCAGAUGUACUCAAGUAAAAGUAAAAAGUAUCUGUACUCACAUUCCACUACUGAAUCAAAUCAUAUCCCCAAAGCUUCAGAAAAAUCACUAUUGGAUACAGUAUGUUUCACAGAUGGUUCAGCUCUAAUGCAUCACCCUGCUGCUGUUUAGAACUCGAUUAAAGCUCUAGACGGAACUUUUCUUUGUUCACUUUUGUUGUUAAAGGUUCUAUGUUACACAGAAAUGACUCCUGUAGCUUUAAUCCAUGUUCUAAUGCUGUUUCCUCCUCAAAAACAGACCUGGAGUUGUGUUUUGUUUCAUUCACACAUGUUUGAGUCAGAUUUUAUUAUUAGUCUGUUUCAUCUCCAAAGCUCAAAAUGCGACGUUCCACCUUGUGAUGUCAUCAAGUGGGAGUUUUCAAGUUAACAGCUCCUUUUACCUUUAGUUCAGUAGAGACUGACAACUGAAAUGAUCCAAAUUAAAUGAUCCAAAUGAUUCUAGUGAAGGUGUGUGGAGUUUAAAAACACAGUGGAGCACUUCCUGUAUCACCACAUGAUGACAUCAUGAGGUGGAACAGAGUGUUUACAGUUUGAGAGAAAUAUUUGCCAAGACUGUGAGGACUGGAAGCAGCUUUUGUUGAGUGAAGUUUGAUGUACUUUUGUCCAAUGAGUUAAUAGUUUCAUAAUAAUAGUACAAACUGGAGUGGUCUGGUUUAAUGUAAAUGCUUUAGGUUAAAAAUUACACUUUAUUUACAAAUUGUGGAGCAGACGUUGCACAAACAUCAAAUGUUACUGAUCUUGAAGGUCUAGCUGGAAAUCCAAAUCUGUCGCUACAAUCAUUUGAGCUGCCUAAUCAAACUCUGCUUUAUAUUUUAGCUUUACAUCAAAUAUGACCUAAAACGGCACAAACGAGCCUAAUUCACCCAGUGCAAAGCUGUGAUGAUAAUUAUACUGUCUACAAGUAAUUUUGUUAAUGAAACUGCGACGUUUGAUUUUGUCAGUUCUUCUUUUUCGUAUCAUCUUAUGUGUGUGCUGUUUUUAUUUCAACAUAUUAAAUAGCUGGGAUAAAGUGUAUAGUGAUGUUUAUAAACUUACAUUUGUAUAGAGAGAUGUAGAUACGUGUUGAUAUUAACUGUAGAUUUACGUUCUGUUUGCUUAAGAUAAUUAUAUUUUUAGAUGAUGAGAAUUAUCUAACUUUUAAAAAAAAGGCUGGUUUAAAGGACCAAAUGUUUUUCUUUUACCUUAGAGGAUAUUAUCUCCUCUGUUUAUAAAUGCUGGUGUAUUUUUGUCAUCUUUGUACAUUCAAAACACUGCGGAAGAAACAAACCCAAUUGUUUGUAAUGUUUUUUACCUAAUAAAAGUUUU